CCCGACCAAUUCAGUGUGACAUUGAACUGUCAUCAUGUGGAUAGGUUAUAUCUGUAAUCUGUCCGAUUGUUAUUUAAUUUUAACAUAAUUCCGUCUUUAUUUCUGUGUUUACCGUUCACGAGAUUUACGCUCGAACAAUGACGGACGAACGAAAUUUUCGUUCGUCAUAUUAUGAAAAGGUUGGUUUUCGCAGCGUCGAGGAAAAAAAAUCGCUGGAAAUAUUAUUAAAAGAGCGACCUUUCGAUAAAGCGAAACUGAAACAAUUUUGUUUGAGAUUCACUGUACCUGCUAUGUACAGAAAUUUUUUAUGGAAAGUAUUACUCGAUGUUAUACCGGUUUAUGUAGAUAGCCAUGAAUUUAUAAUGACUCAACGUACGGCAGAAUUUCGAGAUUUACAGAAAGCAUUGAAAGUUGCAAAAAUCAUAGACGAUUACACAAAACCUCAUCUAGUAUUCUUAGCAAUGUGGCUAUUACGUUCAAGAAGGGCAAAGGUUGAUAUGACUGCACAGUUGGAAUCACCAUUACACAGAGCUAUGGGCAAAAUGGCUGAGACGCUGUGGCAUGUGAUUGACGUUGAAUCUGAACAGGAAAAAUUGGUAGAUAUGUAUUGGAUACUAUGUGGACUGUUUGUACAGGUUGAAAAAUUACAAAAGGAAGUGGGAAAAUUACAGGAGUGUACAUACGCGUUAUUAGAAAGAGAAGAUGUGGAAUUAUAUAAACAUCUCAUUAAAAUUGAUGCACUUUAUAAUCUCCCGUAUGAUACAUGGUUCUAUUCAUGUUUUGCUGGUACAAUAUGUGAUGGAUCUAUUGCUAAGAUAUGGGAUAAAAUAACGGUUGGUGCAUAUCGAAUUUUAGUCUUUGUGGCUGUGGUUAUAUUAACCACUUUAAGGCGACUAUUACUAAGGUGUGAAAGUAUAGACAAUGUAUUGGAUACCAUUAAUAAUAUAACAGAAGAAACAUCAGAAGUGAUAGUCAAUAAAGCAAUUGAAUCAAUGCAACAAAGUGGAACAAGUCAACUAGUUGACACCUAUUUUACAAAGCACAGUUAGUGUUGUACAAAAAUACGUACAAAAAUGCAUUGUGAUCGAUGCACAUUAAAUUGUGAAAUUAUCGACAUCAAGACUGCUUAUAAUUUUUCUAAGCUAUAUUUAAUUUUACGAAUAUCUAUCCUUCAUCUUUCUGUUGAGUAAACCAAAUAUUAAAAGUACUCAUAUAUGUAUUGUAACGUUUAAAUUCCUCGAAAGUCGCCUUACUUUAGAUUAAUAAAAUCCUCUUAUAAACAAAUAACAACUUAUUUCAAACAUUUUUUCCUCUCUCAUCCUCAACUUGACGUAGAAAGAGGUUUUUUAUAAUUCAAAGGUAUUUUACGUUUUCUAAAUGUGUGAAUUUUUAGAUGGCAUAUUCUCAUUUAUCUUAAAAAUAAUUACUUUUUAUUAAUGCAUUCAUCGUACAUUAUACAUAUACAAUUACUUAACUCGUGAGAGUCAAGACUUAUUUCUAUGCUUUAUUCAUCCUUAAUGCUAUAAUCUUCCUGCUUUUGCUUUGUAUUUAUAACACAUUUGUGUAUAUUUACUCCAGGGUACGAGAGCAAGUUUGUAAGUAAUCCUAAGGAAAUACGAACUGAAACUAGAGAACUGUAGUUGCACUUUACACUUGCCCAAAGUUUCUACUCUUCGCCCUGUAAUACUUUACUGACAGCUAGAAUCUAGAAAACGUACAUAAUUUUGAUACAUUUGACAAAAGUCAUAAGCCAUGUACCUUUACAAUAUCGACUGAAACCUUCAAUUAUAGUAACUUCUUUUUUUUGUCUCUAAUGGAUGUAUAUAAAUGAGGGCUUAAGAUUAAACAUGUAUAAAAUACAUGUUUAUUACUUUUAUUCACAAAGAUCGCGUAAUAUCUCUCAUCCAUUAAAUAUCCAUCAAAUAACCUAUUUUAUCAUUUGGACUCUUCUGGGAAAUAACCACGAAAGAGUGUACAAAUAUCAAAAUUUAUGAAACAUAAAAAUUAUCAAACAGCGAUCGUACACGGUAAAUGUGUACAUAAAGAUGUAUUGCACAUUAUAAACGCGAGCAUCUGUGGAUCUCUGGAUUUAUUGUUAUUUUUCAAUUAGUUUUUCGGUCAUUAAUCAUUCUUUGGCUUGGAGGCUAAUUUUAAGAUCAUAAUGGCUUGAUGCACAUUCAAAAUCAAUUCAACAGAAUAACUGAUAUUACAUCAUGUUUUAUUUUAUAAAAAAUAUUUUUUAUGCAAAUCAGUUUCCUCAUGUAAACACAUUGAUGUUGCUGAACUAUAUUACUGGUUGAAAUAAUAUUGUAAAUUCCGCAAUCAUAAACGAUUCAAUGGAUCGAAAGAUCCUAAUUGAAAUUAUUAAAAUUAAUUCCACCACGACAAAGCAAAUUUAUCCUAAAUAUUUUAAUGUAUAAAACAAAAGCAAAAAAUGUACAUGCAGGCCCUACUCUAUCAUAGACUCUUUUUUUUUUUUGUUU